ACCAGUAAGUUAUGCGCUCUUCCUAUAAUGAAAUGUCUCCGAGAGACAAGCCUUUCAUUUUAAAAUCUCUGUCGGAUGUAGGAUUUUACAGAUUUUUUUUCUUUUCAGAAAAUUGCGACGCAAUAUUGAGAGUGGAUAAACGGGUAAAAUGGCAGUUGGGAGUUUCCUUUGAAGUGUUUUCCCUUUUUUGUGGCUGGACUGAUCGUGUAAUUGAGAGUGAGAGGUGCUGUGUUGUUUGAAAAGCCUCAUGUUUUCACCGGGUCAAGAGGAGCACUGUGCGCCCACCAAAGAGCCUGUAAAGUACGGCGAACUGGUGGUUCUGGGGUACAAUGGAUCACUCCCCAAUGGAGACAGAGGGCGGCGGAAAAGCCGGUUUGCCCUUUACAAGAGAGCCAAAGCCAAUGGUGUCAAACCUAGCACUGUACACAUUCUUAACACCCCACAAGCCAGCAAGGCAGUGAACUGUAAGGGCCAGCACAGCAUCUCCUACACACUGUCCAGAAACCAGACAGUGGUGGUGGAGUACAGCCAUGACAAAGACACAGACAUGUUUCAGAUUGGACGAUCGACGGAGGGCCCCAUUGACUUUGUGGUGACGGACACGGUGUCAGGGAGCGGGGAGAGCGAGGAAACGCCAAUCACUCAAAGCACCAUCUCCCGCUUUGCCUGCCGCGUGGUGUGUGAACGUAACCCACCCUACACAGCACGCAUCUACGCCGCAGGCUUUGAUUCUUCCAAAAAUAUAUUCCUCGGAGAGAAAGCAGCUAAAUGGAAGAAUCCGGAUGGUCACAUGGAUGGGCUGACAACCAAUGGUGUGCUAGUCAUGCACCCACGGGGCGGGUUCACCAAGGAGUCCAAACCCGGUGUGUGGAGGGAGAUAUCAGUGUGUGGAGAUGUUUACACGCUGAGAGAUACACGAUCUGCUCAAACUCGAGGCAAACUGGUGGAGAGCGAGAGUAACGUACUGCAGGAUGGGUCUCUGGUUGACCUGUGUGGAGCCACACUGCUCUGGCGCACAGCUGAUGGGCUUUUCCACACCCCCACUCAGAAGCACCUGGAGGCCUUGCGGCAGGAGCUGAAUGCAGCCCGGCCUCAAUGUCCCGUGGGCCUCAACACCCUGGCGUUUCCCAGCAUGCAGCGCUGUAGCCGUGCCCUGACCAGCGGCCCCUCUCAGGAGGACAAGCAGCCCUGGGUCUACCUGGCCUGUGGCCACGUUCACGGCUACCACGACUGGGGCCACCGCUCCGAACGAGACCCCAAUGCUCAGAGGGAGUGUCCCAUGUGUAGAGCUGUCGGCCCCUACGUACCACUCUGGCUUGGGUGUGAACCAGCCUUUUAUGUGGACACGGGUGCACCAACACAUGCCUUCGUACCCUGUGGCCACGUGUGCUCUGAAAAGUCAGCCCGCUAUUGGGCGGAAAUUCCUUUACCGCACGGUACCCACGCUUUCCAUGCCGCAUGCCCGUUUUGUGCAACCCAACUCAAUCUGACACAAAAGUGGGCCAAGUUGAUCUUUCAGGGACCUGUUGACUGAGGCUGAGAGUGUAGGUGACGCCCAAGCUGAACAAGUGGACACUGGAUUGUUACGUAAUUGAAAGUCCAUUAUACUGAAGGAGGAUUGAAAGAGGUUGUGACUUACAACCGAUUCAUACCGCAAGCUGUGAAGCUGCCCUUGAAAUGCUUAUACUGGAGAGCAGGGUUUUGCUCCGAUGAUGUUGUCAAAGUUGCCUUUGCGAUUGACAUGAGUUGUCCUUCAUGAUUUGCAGACAAUGAGUUGUUUUUUUUUUGUUUUUGUUUUUUUUCUUCCUUUCCACAAAGUUCACACCAGCAUUACCACAUUACUCAGGAUAUUUUCUGAUGCAUUUGUAAAAGAGAUACUUAAUGGCUGCUUCAUCCAGCUCUUGCUGAUCUACUUUCCUGUGAGUAACACUGUGCUGGAAGGUCUCCAGGAACAGGACGUGAACAUCCCUGCUUUAAGUUUUAAAAGGCGACCAUUUCAAUGUGUACUGUGUGGGAACUCCCAAAGGUCUGAAUCGGGUAUCACAAAUUCCACAAGGGGCUUCAAGUAAGGAUCCAUUAAUGGUUAGAGUAUUAAUGUGGGAACUGCAAUACUAAAAUGGAUGUUUCCAAAGAUUAAAAUCCUGUUGUGAUUUAUGGCAUGAAGAGCUAUCAACAUCUAUCCACAGUUUUGUGGAACUAACCCCUGUGGAUUAUUUCUUUUCCAAUGGAUUGUGCAUUAUGAAAUUAGGUCUGUGAAUUCUAAUUAGAUCAGUGAAUUCUAAUAGUUUUGUUUUAGUCUUCCAUGUUCACUAUGGAGCCUCUUAGAGGACAGGGAGGGAAUUUACUUUCUGAUGUAGUUAUGUAAUAGUUUGCAUUCCCUAACAAUAAUUUUUGCAUUCAGUACUUGAACACAUAAAAAAUGAGUAAUUGGUUACUUGAAAUUAAGAAUUUAAUUCAACCUUUUAACCUGUGUUUCUUAUAAAAAAUUAGCACUAUGCAUAAAUGACAUCUAGAAGCAAAAAUGCUAAAACACAAACUUACAGUCCCAGUCUUUUGAAGCAAUACAAUCACUUUAAACCAUGACGGAACUGACUUUUGGGGUGAAUCAUUCCUUUACAGGUGUCACGCAUCCACAGUGGCACCAAUUCAUCUUUGCAUCUUUGUUGCACAGAGUAGUGAUUUUGGUGUGAACUAGUCCUUUAAGGUGUAAUGUCAAAAAAGCAGUUUAAUUGUUGCCCACAACAGGCAAAAGCAGAAAGGAAAAUCAAAUUUGCAUUAUUUGAGUGGUGUUUUUACUAGUCGAAUAUUUAAAGCUGAAUGAGUACUCUAUUAAUCGAUUACUUGUGCACAUCCCUAGUUUUACUACAGUUUGACCUGGUAUUUGUAGUACAACCAUAACCACAAAAUUUACAAAGGUUUUACUACAGUAACCAUGACUGUUGUAACCAUGUCUGAAAACUUGGUUUUAAAUACCAUACAUGUACAACAAAUUAAACAUGGUGUUAGUAUUGUAAAACUGUAUUAACCAUGUUCUUUUAGAUGAAUGGGUGGUUUUAUUUUUUAAUUUUCAUAGUUUUGGUUUUCCUGUGGGUUUAAUACAAAUAUAAUGGUUAAAAUAUGGUUCCAGCAGUAAAACCAUGGUAAAUUGUCAUUAGGGAUAGACAAUGAUAUUGUGAGGGAACGCAAAACUUAUUGUGAGAGAGCAAACUUAUUGUGAGGAAUGUAAGUUAUUGCGAGUAAAUGCAAACUAUUUUGAUGGAACGCAAAACUAUUUAAGAAAUUAACUUCCCUCCCUGUCCUCUUAGGGGUUCAGUACUUAAACUACUUUACUGAUCCCUAAAAGUAUUUGGAAACUAACACUUUUUUUUUUUUUUUUUGCUCUGUACAUGGCCGAUUGAUGUUAUAUCUUUAAGGUUUAAGUGCAAAUUCUAAGCUUUGAUGUAAGGGUAUUUUUAUUUGUACCAGGUUAUCCGGUAACAGGAUUAACAAAGGAUGUUCCAAAUACUUUUGGAGUGGGUUAGAAAGCUUGUAACUGGAAAAUAGUUCCUGAUAUUAUUUAAUACUUAUUGAAAAGAUUGUCCCAUAUAUUUUUUGGUACUAUUCAUUGCAAGCCACAUGGUGAUGGUGUAUAAUCAGAGCUGAUGUGAAAUUUUUUUACUUUUCCAAAUGUGCAGUAUGAUUUAGAUUUGAAAUCAAACAUGUUAACUUGAUGGUGUGGAAGUCUUAGGCUUAAAGGGAUAGUUCACCCAAAAAAGAAAAUUCUCUUAUGAUUUACUCACCCUCUGGCAUUUCAGAUGUGUAUGACUUUCUUUCUUUUGCAGAACACAAAUUAAGAUUUUUAAAAGAAUAUGUCAGCUCUGUAGGUCCUCUUCAAUAGGUGCCAAAAUUUUGAAGUUCCAAAAUCCACAAAGUGAGCAUAAAAGUAAUCCAUACGACUCCAGUGGUUAAAUCCAUGUGUUCAGACAUAUGACAGGUGUGGGUGAGAAACGGAUCAAUAUUUAAGUCAUAAAUUCUUCUCCCUGCCCAGUAGGGGCCGAUAUGCACAAAUAAUGUGAAUCACCAAAAGCAGCAGGAGAAUGUGAAUGUAAAGUGGAGAUCGACUGAACAGGGAUGAAUAUCGCUUCAGAAGAUAUGGAUUUAACUAUAACUACCAGAGUCGUCUGGAGUACUUUUAUGUUGCCCUUAUGUGAAUUUUGGCACCCAUUCACUUGCAUUGUAUGGACCAAAAGAGCUGAGAAGGUCUUCAAAAAUCUUUGUUUGUGUUCAGCAGAAGAAAGUCAUGCACAUCUGGGAUGGCAUGAGAGAAUUUUCAUUUUUGGGUGAACUAACCAUACUUCAUUUUCUGUGUUCAUGCACGGUUGAGCGCUCAGCCUCUCUACGUUUAUUUUUUUGAUUGCAAACCAAAACAAACACGUUUGACGCAUGCACACUAUAACUGCUUUGUGAUACUCUUUUAGCACACACCAGACGCAUGCGCUGGCAACGUACAAAGAUGCGGACUGUCCACGUUUUUAGAAAAACAAGGCUGCAUGCGGACAGUCUAUGAUUACUGUCCUGAUGACGAAAUUUGCAUUCCGCACCCCGUGCGCAAGUCACACUGGCAUGUGGAAGACCGAGGUAUACUUUAGCCUUCACAGGAGGUCUGAGAGACAGUGAUCACUCUGUAACCGUAACUGAUGUCACUUAAUUUGUCAUUGGCAGAAAUUCCUCAUACUUCAGCUUGUUCGUUCAACUCCUGGUUGGUCAUGGAGGUGUUUUUAUAAGCUUAUGAGAUUUAAGAAACUUUUAUUCCACUAUUUUCCUAGUUUAUACAGAGACAGAUUCUCAUGUCUAAUGACAUUUUUUGCUGGGGUGUUAAGAUAUUUUAGGCAUAUUGAAGGGGUAUUUUUGUAACGACUAUCACAUUUGCUUUUUACUCACUGAAAAGGUAUUUUAACCCAUGUACAGUUGUUUUCUAAACAGAUCUACUAAUAUAUUUAUUCAAUUAUGAACUCUGUGGUAGGGUGUUUGAAUGUAUGAACCCCAACAACAUCAUCUUGUCAGCUGGUUUCGAAAUACAUUUGCCUGGAUUCUUUACACUGUCAGUUGGAAGCAGUCGUAUUUAUUUUGAUUUCCGUUUCAAGUCUUUGAUCUCACUUCUGGUUAUACUUGUUUCCACAAAUUGACCCAAGAUCCUUACUUCCUACCACACUCUUCCUACCACAUACAUGUCCAUGUAUUUGUUAGACUUGAGUGUUAAAGAAACAUUGAAAUGUUGUGUCACUAUGGAUUUCAUUGUACAUGAAAGUUCUGUUUUGUAUUAUUGUAUUAAUUUGGAUGUACAGGCAGUUCUCAUGAUGUACAGUGUUCAAUGGUCCUUAAAGAUGCCACAUAGUUAUUUUAAUUCAUUUAGCAGAUUUGUUUUUACAUUCUACUCCCUUUUUAGAUGUAGGCCAAUAUAUCAUUUGGGAAAUCGUCACACCAAAAGUGAAAUAAAUUGGUGGGCAGUAUAUUUCCUAAAGCAAUGCUACUGUCUGUUAACGAUGUUGCUUGUAUGAGGGUCUUCCAUGUGUUAACUCAAAAAAUGGUAAAAAGGAUUUAAUGAAAAGGCCUCUUAUUUAUUGUUUCUGUCAUUUCAACAGUGAGAUUCCUUUCAUUUCCAGGGAAGUCAAUUGAGCAAAAUGGGCGCAAUAAAAACUACACUACAGUGCUUUGGUGUUUUGAUGGAACAGAGGAGCUUUAGAACACCAAUACAACAAUGUUUCUUUCUGACAUUUGUUAUACAACUAAAGAUGACUUUCUCCUGCAGUCAUGACAAUUCAGUAUAUUUGAAGAACAGUGUCCUGCACCCAGGCAAACAAUCUUAUUGUCUUUUUAGUUUUUGUAAAACCCAUACAAGCAUUGUUCUUUCCUAGUGUUUCUUAAGAAUUUGUCUUUUACAUAAACUUCCUCUUUAACCAGAAUAAGCCCAGCUCUCAAAUACAGUCAAGUCUAGAGGGCUCAGUCUGACUGCAUCAUUCACUGUGGAACUAUACAGUUGCUCUCAGUUUGAUUCAGGUAUUAAACUUGAAUGAAUAAAGUUUCAUGAACUUUUUAAAUAAAUGAUCUCAUAAAUGGACAUGUUUCUUCCUGCAAAGUGUUUGCCAUGCAUUUUAAGUUGCCUAUUUGUCUAUCUAUAGACAUCCUCACCACUGUAUCAUUCCUCUGGUGAUGUCGAAGGAACUUGAUCUUCACUGUUAGGUCUUGGAAACACAUCUGUACACUUACCACAGGAGUCGUGUACAAUGAAUAAAGUAGAAAAAGAAAAUUA